AUGAGAGCUGGUACCUCAAAAGGUCUCUACCUGCAUCGUAAAGAUCUACCACAGAGCCAACAAGACUGGUCUUCUGUCAUCACACGAGUUAUGGGCUCGUAUGACGCGGACCCCAAGCAGUUGGACGGAAUCGGCGGAGCAACUUCAACGACGUCAAAAGUUGCCGUUGUAUCGCGGUCCACUCGUCCCGGCGUGGAUGUGGAUUACACAUUUGUCCAAGUAACAAUUGGCGCUCCUAAGCUGGACAUGACAGGCAAUUGUGGCAACAUCGCAUCUGGUGUCGGUCCAUUCGCGGUCGAUGAAGGCUUGGUUGAUGUUCUGCCAGGACAGAAGCAGGUCAAAGUCAGAGUCUUCAACACCAACACAAACUCUGUCAUGAUCGAGACAGUCCAAGUCGACGACGAAGGCCAUUUCCAAGAAGAUGGAGAUUGCCAACUUCCCGGAUUAUACUCGGUCGGUAGCCGAGUGCAAAUGGGCUUCUCCAAGCCAGCCGGUGCCAUGACCGGCAAACUACUACCUUCAGGACGCGCAAUGAACACCAUCCUUAUGCAAACCUCAUUCAACUCCGAACCUAUUCCGAUACAAGUUAGUCUUGUUGACGCUGCCAACCCUUUCUGUCUUGUUGACAGCUCGACACUGCCGGACUUCUAUCACCAGGAGGGACCUAGCGCAGCAGUCUCUAUCGACUUCAUUGAGAAGGUUCGAAGAGAAGCAGCAGUCUUGAUGGGUCUAGCCAAGAACACCAACGAAGCAGCGCUCACCAGAGGCACACCGAAGAUCGCAGUUUUGACGAGACCAGUAGCCGUAGAAGACGGGCCGUCGGUAGACUUCCAAGUCGUUGCUUAUUCUAUGGGCAAAGUUCACGGAAGCUUGCAGUUGACCGGAGCAGUGUGUCUCGGCACUGCGGCAUGCACUAAAGGCACUGUGGCAUACGAGCUUCGCAAUGGCUCAUCUGAUACGAGGAAAAGGGAAGACUCUCCUAUCGAGAUGAAUGACGUGCCAGAUCUUGAGACCGUUCGUCUCCGACAUCCCGGCGGUGAUAUGGAUGUCGACGUCCGAUUAGAUGCGAAGAGUCAAGUAGAAGAGGUGGUCGUGUUCCGAACGGCUCGCCGGCUAUUUGAAGGCAAAGUCUACUACCUGGGAUGA